GGCCGCCGCGGCCUGGCGCCGCCGUCUGGCGCGGCAGUGGCACGUGACAGUGUGUGGAGGCGACAGGCCGCUGCUGCAGGAGUCAUACACAUAACACUCGGCAGGUGGCACCUACCGUCGGCAGAUGUCGCUCUCCCGCUGCCGGGUGCUGUGUUUCCGUCUGAGCGCCGGCCAGGAGCUGGUGACCGAGGUCACUGCCAGGUGUCGGGAGGCCGCGCUCCAGGCUGCCUUCGUGGUGACCUGUGUGGGCAGCACCAGCGCCUGUCGGCUCCGGCUAGCCUCCACUCCGGACGGUCGGACCGAAAACUUCGUAAGCUCGUCCGACUUCAUGGAGAUCUGCUCGCUGGUCGGCACCGUCUCGGGGUCCGGGGUCCAUCUGCACGUGACCUUGGGCCGGGCCGACGGCUCGGCGCUGGCUGGACACGUGGUCUCGCUCACCGUCCAGACCACGGCCGAGGUGGUGCUGGGCGAGGCGGAACAGCUGGUGUUUGACAGGGAGCCGGAUACUCGGACCGGGUACUGCGAACUGGUCGUGCGGAAUCGAACAUCCAUAAACUGGUUGUGGAGGACCGUACCAGAAGCGGGACAGCUGAUGUUCGACGGGGAGCCGGAGACUCAGACCGGGUACUGCGAACUGGUCGUGCGGAAUCGAACACCAUAAACUGGUUGUGGAGGACCGCAUCCAAAGUCCGUCAUAUCCAGGAUUGGACGUGAUGACCUCCGCAAUUCGCAUGAUGAGGGUCGCUUCACAUUCCUUCUAUUCGUUUUUUGUUCUGAGGUCUUCAAUAGAUGGCGCUUUACGGGAGAAAAAGAUGGCAGCACGACACGGAUCAAGAAAGGAGGAGAUAGCAGUAACACAGGUCUGUCAUGGGACUCCCGCGUUCAUGCAUCACUGGGAUCCAGGCAACCUCAGCACAUUUGUGUCGCAUACAAUAUUUCAAGACCCAUGUGCGGUUUGCAAGCUGGCCGCCUCUGGAAUUUCUUCAAUGUACACAUGAAACAUGUGCUUUCCUGAGCUCCGCGAUAAGACACAUUUAUCGAUGCCUACGCAAGGAUCAAAACCAAGUGACGCUUAGCUGACCACUGAUGAUAUAUCAUGACACUGGCGAUUGAUUUGUAUUAUUAUGAUUAUCAUUAAGUGUUAUGCACUGAAGAAUGAAAUACUUCUGACGAAGCUAUGAUUAUAGUAAUAAGAAAUAUAGCAAACACUAGGGCAGCGUGGGCAAGACUCCCCGCGGGGAUAAGCACCUCUUGUAGGUAGCUCGAAUAUUUCAAUUCCUGAAUAUCAUUUGUAAUGCACGGGAUGAUAAAACACUGAUUCCCGGCUAACUCGAGGUUCAGAGGAACUUGAGUCUUGAAGCAAUGCGCCACUUUUUAUGGCAAGGAUGGCAUGUGGUAAAGACUCCACUCAGUGGCGAGGUAAACCCGCCGUGGAGCACCUUAAUCCCGUCGGCAGGGUGUUUUUCUCCACCUCAAGGAGAGUCUGGGGAAUUUCACCCAUGUCCGAAUGGUAUCAGGACGAUUCUGUCUAAACCCGCCGUGGAGCAUCUUAAUCACGUCGGCAGAGCGUUGUACUCCACCUCUAGGAGAGUCUGGGGAGUUUUACCGUGUCCGCAUGGUAUCAGGACGUUUCUGUCUAAAUCGUUGCAACAGAUGGUAGGGAUGAAUCGUUCAAAUGGCGCAGAGCUCCGGAUUCAGGUUAUGCCCGAGAGCCGUGGAAGCUCAAGGCAUUUCUUGUUCAAAGUCCACCUUUUGUCUGCUGGGGCACCUGGAAGAAAGACCAUUGAACAGCAUAUUACACAGACAGGAUAACUGCGAUAAAUAAUAUAUGCAUGCCUUUAGCACACGCGAACAAAAACCAAACGAGGCCAGUUACGUCGUGGCACGUCGUACAAUAAACCGUUAUAGCAUACUAAACCGCUGUCCUCGGCCGAGCGCCGGGCCAUCGCUAGUCAUCGCCAUUAAGGAUUUAUGACGCACUCUGCUGCUGAGGGUUAAUGGCGUCGCCUACCUCUCACCCUGGCAGGCAGUGCAGGCACCGCGGGGAAUAAAAACCGUACCUCUGGUUUCCCAGUGCUGAGGUACGGGGCUCGCUAGUGCCGCUACACAGGUGUAAGGUGUUGA